CCGCUGCCCCUGCUCGCCUAUCUGCUGGCGCUGGCGGCGCCAAGCCGGGGCGCGGACGAGCCCGUGUGGCGGUCGGAGCAAGCCAUCGGAGCCAUCGCGGCGAGCCGGGAGGACGGCGUGUUCGUGGCGAGCGGCAGCUGCCUGGACCAGCUGGACUACAGCCUGGAGCACAGGCUCUCGCGCCUGUACCGGGACCAAGCGGGCAACUGCACGGAGCCCGUCUCGCUGGCGCCCCCCGCGCGGCCCCGGCCGGGGAGCAGCUUCAGCAAGCUGCUGCUGCCCUACAGCGAGGGGGCGGGCGACCUCCAGGGGCUGCUGCUCACCGGCUGGACCUUCGACCGGGGCGCCUGCGAGGUGCGGCUCCUGGGCAACCUGAGCCACAGCUCCCUGCGCAACGGCACCGAGGUGGUGUCGUGUCACCCGCAGGGCUCGACGGCCGGCGUGGUGUACCGCGCGGGGGACCAGAACCGCUGGUACCUGGCAGUGGCCGCCACCUACGUGCUGCCGGAGCCCGAGACGGCGAGCCGCUGCAACCCGGCGGCGUCCGACCGCGACACCGCCAUCGCCCUCAAGGACACGGAGGGACGCAGCUUGGCCACGGAGGAGCUGGGCCGCCUCAAGCUGCGCGGGGGCGCGGGCAGCCUGCACUUCGUGGACGCCUUUCUCUGGAACGGCAGCGUCUACUUCCCCUACUAUCCCUACAACUACACGAGCGGCGCCGCCACCGGCUGGCCCAGCAUGGUGCGCAUCGCGCAGAGCGCCAAGGUGCUGCAGUUCCAGGGCCAGGCGGCCCUCGACUGCGGCCACGGGCACCCCGACGGCCGGCGCCUGCUCCUCUCCUCCAGCCUGGUGGAGGCCCUGGGCGUCUGGGCGGGCGUGUUCAGCGCGGCCACCGGGGAGGGCCAGGAGAGGCGCUCCCCCGCCACCACGGCGCUCUGCCUCUUCAGGAUGAGUGAGAUCCAGGAGCGCGCCAAGAGCUGCCCCUGGGACUUCCAGACCGCUGAGCACAACUGCAAAGAAGGGGAGCAACCUGAGAGAGUCCAACCAAUCGCCUCAUCUACCUUGAUCCAUUCCGACCUGACAUCCGUUUAUGGCACCGUGGUAAUGAACAGGACUGUUUUGUUCUUGGGGACUGGAGAUGGCCAGUUACUUAAGGUUAUUCUUGGUGAGAAUUUGACUUCAAAUUGUCCAGAGGUUAUUUAUGAAAUUAAAGAAGAAACACCUGUUUUCUACAAACUGGUUCCUCAUCCUAAGAAGAAUAUCUACAUCUAUCUAACAGCCGGGAAAGAGGUGAGGAGAAUUCGUGUUGCCAACUGCAGUAAGCAUCAAUCCUGCACCGAGUGUUUAACGGCAGCAGACCCUCACUGCGGUUGGUGCCAUUCGCUACAAAGGUGUACUUUUAAAGAAGAUUGUGUACAUCCAGAGAACUAUGAAAACUGGCUGGAUAUUUCAUUGGGAGCCAAAAAUUGCCCUCAAAUUAACCUACUUCGAAGCGGUAAAGAUCAGAUUACAGUCACUGUGGUGGGAAGCUUCCCUCCCAGACACUCGGAGUGGGAGUGUGUGGUGAAGAACCUGGACACAGGCAGGGAGCUCUGCAGGGGUAAAAGUCUGCCAGGCAAGAACUGCACGUGCAGCAUCUCCACCAGAGAGACCUACAAAGAUGUUUUGGUUGUCAACGUGACAUCACCCGUCGGUUCUUGGCAUUUAUCAAAAAGAUUCAACUUUACCAACUGCUCGUCAUUAAGAGAAUGCCCAAUAUGUAUUGGAACUGGCUGUGCUUGGUGUAAAAGUGAGAGAAGGUGUAUCCACCCCUUCAUAGCUUGUGACUCUUCUGAUUACAAGCAAAACCAGGAACACUGUCAGGUUGCUGUUGAGAAACGGACACCACCCAAGACAGCAGGAGGAGGAAGAUUCAUGGAGAAUAAGAGUAAUAGGACCCAUCAGGGCUUGCAGGGCGAGGCUCUGCAGUCUGGCCGUCGGCAGAGCGUGCUCGGCUCCGCUUUCUAUGGUGGUCAAAAUAUAACUAUCGUGGGCAGAAAUUUUGACGUAAUUGACAACUUAAUCAUUUCACAUGAGUUAAAAGGAAACAUAAAUGUCUCUGAAUAUUGUAUGGCGAAUUCCUGCAGGUUUUUAGCCCCCAGUUUAAAGAGUUCAAAAGCGCGUACAAACGUCACUGUGAAGCUGAGAGUCCAGGAGACCUACUUGGACUGCGGAAGCCUGCAGUAUCUUGAGGACCCCAGGUUCACAGGGUGUCGGGUCGAACCCGAGGGGGACACAGAACUGGAAGUGAAAAUUCAAAAAGAAAACGAUGAGUUCAACAUCUCCAAGACAGACAUUGAAAUCACCCUCUUCCACGGGGAAAAUGAGCAAUUAAAUUGCAGUUUUGAAAAUAUUACGAGAAAUCAAGAUCUCACCAUCAUCCUUUGCAAAAUUAAAGGCAUCAGUAACGCAAACAGCAUUGACACCUCUUCCAAGAAAGUUCGCGUCAAACUGGGAAACUUGGAGCUCUACGUUGAGCAGGAAACAGUUCCAACCACUUGGUAUUUUCUGAUUGUGCUUCCCGUCUUGCUAGUGAUUGUCAUCUUUGCGGCCGUGGGGGUAACCAGGCACAAAUCGAAGGAGCUGAGCCGCAAACAGAGCCAACAGCUGGAGCUCCUGGAGAGUGAGCUCCGGAAAGAGAUACGUGAUGGCUUUGCUGAGCUGCAGAUGGAUAAAUUGGAUGUGGUUGAUAGUUUUGGAACUGUUCCCUUCCUUGACUACAAACAUUUUGCUCUGAGAACUUUCUUCCCCGAGUCAGGUGGCUUCACACACAUCUUCACUGAAGAUAUGCAUAACAGAGAUGCCACUGACAAGAAUGAAAGUCUCACAGCUUUGGAUGCCCUGAUUUGUAAUAAAAGUUUCCUUGUUACUGUCAUCCACACCCUUGAGAAGCAGAAGAACUUUUCAGUGAAGGACAGGUGUCUGUUCGCCUCCUUCUUGACCAUUGCACUGCAAACCAAGCUGGUCUACCUGACCAGCAUCCUGGAGGUGCUGACCAGGGACUUGAUGGAACAGUCCAGUAACAUGCAGCCUAAACUCAUGCUAAGACGCACGGAGUCUGUGGUAGAAAAACUCCUCACAAACUGGAUGUCCGUCUGCCUUUCUGGUUUUCUGCGGGAAACUGUUGGAGAGCCGUUCUAUUUGCUGGUGACGACUUUGAACCAGAAAAUAAACAAGGGUCCCGUGGAUGUAAUCACUUGCAAAGCCCUGUACACCCUGAACGAAGACUGGCUGCUGUGGCAGGUUCCAGAGUUCAGUACUGUGAAUGUAAGAUCCAUCCAGCGAUCUAAUUCCUGGAUGAAGUUGAGAAAUACAUUAAAUUUUGAAAACUCAUAUAUUUUUUAUCUUUGCUUUCAGAUAUCAAAUGGAUCCACUAUAAAGGUCUUUAAGAAGAUAGCAAAUUUUCCUUCAGAUGUGGAAUACUCAGAAGACCACUGCCAUUUGAUUUUACCAGAUUCCGAAGCAUUCCAAGAUGUGCAAGGAAAAAGACAUCGAGGAAAACACAAGUUCAAAGUAAAAGAAAUGUAUCUGACAAAGCUGCUGUCGACCAAGGUGGCAGUUCAUUCUGUGCUUGAGAAACUUUUUAGAAGCAUUUGGAGUUUACCCAACAGCAGAGCCCCAUUUGCUAUAAAAUACUUUUUUGACUUUUUGGAUGCCCAAGCUGAAAACAAAAAAAUCACAGAUCCUGAUGUCGUACAUAUUUGGAAAACAAACAGCCUUCCUCUUCGCUUCUGGGUAAACAUCCUGAAGAACCCUCAGUUUGUCUUUGACAUUAAGAAGACACCACACAUAGACGGCUGUUUAUCUGUGAUUGCCCAGGCAUUCAUGGACGCAUUUUCUCUCACAGAGCAGCAACUCGGGAAGGAAGCACCAACUAAUAAACUUCUCUAUGCCAAGGAUAUCCCAACCUACAAAGAGGAAGUAAAAUCGUAUUACAAAGCAAUCAGGGAUUUGCCUCCAUUGUCAUCUUCAGAAAUGGAAGAAUUCUUAACUCAGGAAUCUAAGAAACAUGAAAAUGAAUUUAAUGAAGAAGUGGCCUUGACAGAAAUCUACAAAUACAUCGUAAAAUAUUUUGAUGAGAUUCUAAAUAAACUAGAAAGAGAACGAGGGCUGGAAGAAGCUCAGAAACAACUCUUGCAUGUAAAAGUCUUAUUUGAUGAAAAGAAGAAAUGCAAGUGGAUGUAAGCACUCUGGGGACUGGCUUAAUCUGGCAAAAUUCUUCAGACAACUUGGGAGCAAAAUGGCUGCUUGAGCUACUCUGUGUCGUUAAUUUUUAAAGUUUGCACAUAGGUUCCACUUUGAGCACUGUCUUUUAGAGACCAAGGCACAUGCACAGCUUUUAGAAAGCAUACCAACCACUGUGCCUGUGCAUAUACUGUGGGAACCUUUCUGUAAAUAGAGUCGAAGUGGUUGUUGCAAACAGCCUCCUUGUUUACAGAGAAUACAGGGCCAGUAAGCAAGUGUCAGUUAACUACAGUCUCCACUUAAGCACAAUGACAGCAGUGGUUUUGUGUCUGAAAACUACAGUUAUGUAGCACUUGUGACUACACUGCACCUCUGCAGAAAAGGGACACUGCCAGUGAUCACAAGAAAAUGUGAAAUGAGUCAUUUGGAAACAAGGUGGGAGUGUUAGGGCAACCUCGAGGAUUUGCAGCAUUGAAACUUCCCCAGUAGUUCUUGGAAAAGCUGACCACAGAAUUUGGUAGUGUGUACACUUAGCAUUCGUGAGUGUGUGUGUGUGUGUGUUUUUAAACCAAAAACUGACAGUGUUGCAACAUUGUUGAAAGGGCUCGUGUUUUUCAGUGGUCGCCAACUGCACUCCAUCAACUCACCUCCAUCUCACGAAGGAGCUCUAAAGCAAGGAGAGUGAGGAGGCUUUAUUUAAAUGCAACAGCAUUUUACCCACUUUGUCCUGAUGUGUUCCUUUUUUUCAUUUUUUCAUACUAAAUGUAUUUGAUAGUGGACAUGUUGGCUAUUGUAAAACAAAACAAAACAAAACAUCAUUAGUUUAUUUCUGUCUGUAGAAGAGUAACUCCCUCCCCUAAUCCUACAUUUCUAUACUUGAUGUCUCCUUGCUUUAGAUUUCUGGUGAACCCUGUGGUUAUAAAUACUUGUGUGUGAUUUAAAAAAAAAAAAAAAUACAUUUUACAUUUCAUGAAAUUGCUGUUCACACUGGAGUACUAUAUAUGAAUAUAUAUAUUUGCGGCCCAAGGCCUGAAAAAUAUUAGUAUACAACUUGGUAUCUUAGUCUUACUAUGUACUUUUUGAAAGUAUUCCUCACAAGAGAAAGAAUUCAAAAUACCCAUUUUAUUCAUACCUUUCUUUUUAAAGAAUUCCCUAUCCAGUUAUAUUGUAACUGUAGUCUUACUGAUUUUUUUAUUCCUGAAUUUUUGCUGCUCAUGACCAAUUUUAAUACCACUGUGUUUUCCUUCUAUUAAAUCAAAAGUAAAAAAUGUAAUUGGCAACUCUCAACCUUCCUUGUGGCACCUUUUACCCUUGGUGUUCCAAAUCCCAGAUUAAGGAAAGACAUUUUUUCAAGUAGCAAAUAAAUCAUAUAUUCCUUAAAAUCUUUUUACCAACAUUGUAUGGGAUAUCAGGAUUUAAAUGUGAAUUUGUCUUCGAAAAUGAAAUUCUUUUUGCUCCUCAGUAUCUGGCAAAGAGUAAGAGGUGAUACCUCAACAAAAUGAUCAAAUAAGCAGUUAUUACCCUGAUAGGCACCUUCCCAAUCCUGUCACUUUUGACCACUGUCUGUCCAAUGGACACACCUCAAAAAUACUACCAAAUAGGUUACUUACAAGUAUAAAGGUGAGAGGCCUGGUCCCCAUCUAAGGCUGCUACAGUCUUGAUGUGAAGGCAUUCAUAAGAGAGUAACAGGAGGACAGUUGAGAGCCAAGGGUAGGAGAGUUGCCCAAAAAACUUCCCCUUCUUUAGGGUACAGAAAUGCUAAGAAAAGGAUCAGCUACAGCUUUAUCUAAGUAUUCAGUAAAUGCUACAUGAGGGUGUCCCUGUCCAGCUCUCUGGCACAUGAGUCCCAUGUGGAGCCUUACCUCCUCUUGCAGGGACGAUGCUGCUGGGAACUUUGGGCAAGUCACUUACCUCUUUGUGCCUCAAUUUCUAAUAUUUCUAACCUACCUCAUUGAGGUGGUGUGAAGAUUCACUAAUGUAUGUAGCGUGUUUGUCAAUCCUCCAGUGAAAAGCACUAUCUAGAUCACAUUUUGGAUCACAUUAGCCAAAUGCAGUAAUGGCCAAAUUAGAUGUGUGCUGAAGACAAUCAGUCACUGGGUCUAUAUUAAACUGCAACCGGAGAAAUAAAUGGCAAACAAUUUCUAUUUUCAAGUUUCUUUGCAUAUUUUUUUGGUGCAAACCAUUUAUGAACUUUUUUUUCUAACACUAGUGUCUACAGCAGCAUUUAAAAAUUAAUUCUGUUACCUUUUCCGUAUUAGGGAUUUAAAGUCUAUUUCUUAUUGUAUACCUGAUUGAAGUUGUACUUGGAGAUGAAUGUUUUAAAUGUCUAUAUCCAAAAAUAAACAUUUUGAUGUAAA